AUGGUCUCGCAACUAAGAGAAAUGUACGGAAGUCGAUUACGCAAGGAGAAGGAACAUUACAGUAAAUGGGGGGUGGCGGCAGCUUCAACUUCUUCUACGGAUUUUUGGAGUGAUCUUACACAGUAUUUCGUGACAGAUAUGGUUCUAGAAUGGGCAUGUGCUAUUGGAAGAACUCAUGGUGUUGUUGUUGUUACAAUCCAAUCCGAUUCUGCUAAUGGAAUGCGAGGGAGGAAGGAUAAAUUGAUUAUGGGUUAUGACCGAGGAGGAAAUUACAAAAAGAAAAAUGAAGUUGUGGCCUCUUUUGAUGGCAAUUAUACUAUGAGGCUUAGAUGCCCAUUUAGGCUGAGAUCUGCUCCGAGUGGUAUUAGUUGGAAGGUGGUUGUUAAAUGUGGGAUGCAUAAUCAUAGACUAGAUAAGGAUAUGUUAGGUCAUGACAUCUUGGGGCAUCUAAAAUAUGAUGAAAGAAAGUUUAUGAAUGACAUGAUAGAGUACAAUAUGGCACCAAGGUACAUUGUGUGUGCUUUGAAAGACAGAGAUCCAGAAAAUCUCAUGAGUAUUACCCAGAUUUACAAAGCUAUGGCAACAUAUAGACUGGGAAAGAGAGGUGCACUGACAGAAAUGUACCAGCUACCACUGUUUGAGAUUGUUGGUGUUACAUCAACAAAAUUGACGUUUUCAGUUGCUUUUGCAUAUUUGGAACACGAAAGGGAGGAGAACUUCACAUGGGCAGUAGAGAGGCUCAAGGAGUUGUUCUAUUAUGAGAAGUUGCUAGAAAAUGUCAUGGUGACGGACUGGAAACUUGUAUUAAUGAAUGUCAUUGAUUAUGUGUAUCCAAAUGCGUCUCAUUUGUUGUGUACGUUUCAUAUUUCAAAAAAUGUUAGAAUGAAAUAUAAAGAGUAUGUCAAAUCAGAAAGACAAGAACAUGUCAUGGAUCAAUGGAACAACAUGAUGUAUUCAAAUACAAAAGACGAAUUUGACGUACAUCUCAACCACUUCGAGAGUGUAUGCGGUGAUAUUCCAUCAUUUGUCAAGGUGGAGGUUGCACAUUGGAGACUGAAGAACAUGUUGACGAUAAGUCGUGGUGAUUUAUGUGCAAGUUGGGAGCUCGCCGGCUACCAGAUUCUAGACAUACCUAUACAUUUGGAAUCUAUUCAUGUGUUUUGGAUAAAAUUGAAAAUUUAUAAAUAUGAGGUGAGUCCUGACAAGGGGAAGUGGGAUUUAGAAGAGGAGUGCGAAGAGUUGAAGCGACAAUUUAGUACUAUGGAUAUUGUGGGUCAAAGAGCAUUGAAAAAAAAAGUUCGUGAUAUUGCAUAUCCAUCCACAUCUUCAAUGUGUCCACCGCCGUUCAAAUAUAAACAAAGAGAGGAGUUAAGAAGAGUAAAAAGGAGGAAGAAAAUGAUGUGCAUCGUGAUCUAA